UACACUUGGACCUGCCACUUGCAUCUGCGCCUACAGCUCGCUUCACUUGAACGCUCGUCAUCGACAAUGGUUGCUACAUUCAUUCUGACCCGAGCGUUCGCGAUCGCUGGUGUGAUCGUCGGUGCCUUACCGCUGGUAUACACCGCACCAGUAGGCUCACCAGCGUUGGAGGAGAGAAAUUGCCGCAUACUCGGAUGUUUCUUCGCUGAACCGCCAGCGGCAGCAUCCAGUGCUUCUGUAGUCAGCGCCACUGCCGCCCCAGUCAUACCGACGGCAUCAGCUGAACCAUCGAUUGCGAGCGAAAUCGCCGACGUACUCGAUCUUCUUUCCGAGAUCGUGAGUGCAUCGGAGACCCAGCCAUCAGACGAGAACGACAACGUCGCGAUACCUGACGAGAUCAUCGAUCUUGACCGCCCAGAAAUAGACCCUGUGGAAGAGCUGGAAGAACUCCCAGAAGAGAGUGACGAAGUGUGAAUUGACAUCAGUCUUCAAUUCCACUAUCAGCCCACGGGCUCGUUCUUUCAAAAGUCAGCUUCCUGCACUUAGGGUGCCCUAGCGCCACACUCCCUUCCUUACCUACUGUAAACAAUGCUCCUACUCCCCCUUAUUUCCUUGCCGUCGUCGCUGUAGACCCUACUUUGCUUUCCGUCGUGUUGCCCCUCCUGGUGCGCUCGCCCUUCUAAAGGUCAAAACUUCCCGAUUUUUUUGGCGCACCGGUGCGCCAUAUGAACGGGGCCUCGUUAGACCUCUUACCUUCGUUUCGAGCAGCACUGGGACUCUCGCUAUCCGCUUCGCUUGCUAGAUCGUCUGUAUGCCUAGUGCUGUUGUACUAUAUCUGUCAAACCUCGCCGUGCGUCUGGAUUUCGAUGCGUGUAUCUUUAGCUCAAAGUAUUGUUCAAAUAUAACCGUGUUAAUCCCGGUG